AAUGAAUUGAAUCUUUCACCCACCUCAGUCACCCUAGCACUCUUGUGCCUCAUCGAUCUGCCUUCUCACUCCAGGAGAGCCAUUUCGCCAUUCAAAAAGAACUGUACACGCGCGUAUGGAUCAUCCAUCAGAAUCAAUCAGUCUUUCAGAAUAGUCAUCAAGCAAGCUAUAGAAGUAUGUGUAAGGAAAGAGAAAGAAGUGAGUUGGUAUGGCGUCAAAGUCAGAAAUCAAAAUCGUGGUCGAUCUUUUUCAGGCUAUCGAAUCAGCAAGGGUUUUUGA